CGUAUUCAGGUUUUCAGGUAAAAUCCAAACAGAAUAUAAACUAAUUCAUAUCUUUAAUGGAAUUUAUAAUCAAUCUGCUUUAUUAAACUUUGAUCUAUUCUUACAUAAUCUGCAGUUCAAUAUAAACUUCGGAGCCCAAAAAGUACCUUCACUGAUGUCGUAACUAUAUCAUUUAUCUAUCCAAAUCUUAUGCAAAUUACCUUUCCACUAUGCAAUUUGGCUAAUUGUGCAUCCAAAUGCGUGACACACUCAUGCUGCCAAGUGCCACAAAUGCUAUAAAAGACAAUUGCAUUGAUAGUUGCAGACAUAUUCAGCAGACGCCUUCAAACCUCAAGCAACAACUUCAAAUCCGCUCAAGAUGCAGCAAAUUCUUGCCUUUUUCGCUCUGGUUGCUUGUGUGGCAGCUCAACCAGCUUUGUUCCCUACGAAUGUUGCUCCUCUGACCUAUACCAAUCUGCCAGCUGUGGCUGCAGCUGCUUCUCCUUUGGCCAUCUCCAGCAGCCAGCGACUGGAUUACUUUAAUCAGUUCAAUGCUGCUUUUGGACCUCAAGCUCCGCCGGCUCGACUCGUUGCGACUCCUUCGGGAUUGACUGCUUUUCCUGCUCUUUUUGGUUUUCCAGCUGCCAAUCGCUUUGGUCAACCAGCGCGCUUUAUUGCUGCAGCUCCUCCAACAAGUUCCUUCUUCUUCUGAUCCUAAACAAUUAAUGUGUAUGACUUACUGUAGAUUAUAGUUUAUUUUAGUUCAAUAAAAGCAAAACUUGGU